UUUUCCCUUUUUCCCGAAGGGAGGGGAAGGUGAUGGAAGGCGAGCCCAAAGCAAAGCCGGCGACAGUGGAACAUUUCUUUCUUCUCAUUUUCAGGCGUUUCUCAGCCAAGUUACUUCUUCUUCACAAUAGUACUUGACUGAAAACCAAAACCCAGACGCCAUUUGUAUUAACUUUCCCUUCCGAUACUAUUAGCAUCGUCCUCCUUUUCCUUCAGCAAAUUUCCCCUCUUCUUCUUCCCUUCCUUUCUUUGUGUAUGAGCUAAAGUAACAGUCUCUCGCUGUCUAUCUGCGGAACCCUCCUUUUUCUUUGCGUGCUUUAAUGGAGGAGGCAAAUAGUAGUUCGGGUGUAGCAAGCAAUGUGGCUCGAGCCAUAGUUGCAGCUCUCAACUGGAACUCCACUCCCGAUGAUCGCAGAGCUGCUGUUUCUUACCUUGAUUCUAUUAAAACAGGAGAUGUACGAGUACUGUUAAACACGUCAUUGCUUCUUGUUAAAAAGGAUUGGUCUUCUGAAAUUCGGUUGCAUGCUUUCAAGUUGCUGCAGCAUUUAGUUCGGUUGCGUUGGGAGGAACUCAGCUCGAUAGAGCGCAGAAACUUUGCGAAUUUAGCUGUUGAAUUGAUGUAUGAUAUGACAAACCAUAGUGAAGAAUGGCCAUUGAAGAGCCAAAAGGCUGCACUCGUUGCUGAGGCUGAGUUGGUUUCAAUGAUGUUGAGGUGGCUUCCCGAAGACAUUACAGUUCACAAUGAAGAUUUGGAAGGUGAUCGUCGGCGCCUAUUAUUAAGGGGGCUUACGGAGUCUUUACCGGAUAUUUUGCCAUUGUUAUACACUAUACUAGAACGGCACUUUGGAGCUGCAUUAAGUGAAGUGAGUCGGCAGCACAUGGGUGUAGCAAAACAGCAUGCUUCAACUGUGGCUGCUGCUCUGAAUGCUAUUAAUGCAUACGCCGAGUGGGCUCCUUUGGCUGAUCUAGCUAAAUUCGGUAUAAUCCAUGGGUGUGGUUUCUUGCUUUCAGCUGCAGAUUUCCGUCUUCAUGCCUGUGAAUUUUUCAAACUUGUCUCUUCAAGGAAAAGGCCAGUGGAUACUUCUGCUUCAGAAUAUGAUUCUGCAAUUAGUAGCAUCUUCCAGAUUCUGAUGCAGGUGUCUAGAGAACUUUUGUACAAGUCUACCUCAACCGCGGGUUCUAUGGAUGAGAAUGAAUUCGAGUUUGCUGAAUACAUAUGCGAAAGCAUUGUGUCUUUGGGCUCUACUAAUUUGCAAUGCAUUACUGGAAACAGUUCUAUGUUAUCUAUUUACUUACAACAGAUGCUCGGAUUUUUCCAACAUUAUAAACUCGGUCUUCAUUAUCAGUCGCUGCUCUUUUGGCUGGCACUAAUGAGGGAUUUAGUGAUGAAGCCAAAAGUUACAUCAGCUCCAUCUGGUGAUGUCUCUGGUUCUGCUCAGCUUGACAAUGAGAAACAAAUGAUUUUGAGGCUUGUUAAUGAGGAUAUCUGUGGUCCAAUCCUAGAUGUCUCUUUCCAGCGCAUGAUUAGAAGAGAGAAAGCAUUUCCUGGGUCUUCUUUUGCUCCAGUUACCUUGGAGUUGUGGAGUGAUGAUUUCGAAGGGAAGGGAGACUUUAGCCAGUAUCGUUCUAAGCUAUUAGAGCUCAUGAAGCUUAUUGCAUCCUUGAAGCCCAUAUUAGCUAGUAGUAAAGUGUCCGACAGAGUUUUUUUAAUCAUUAACACCCCCUUCGCUUCCCUGGUUCCUCUUCAGGACCUAGCUAUGAUGGAGAGCGUCCAAGUCUCUCUAGAAAAUAAAGUUGCUUCAGUAUUUGAUGGAUCAAAUGAAUUUUCUGGGGGUGGUACUGAACUCCAUCUUGCAUUGUGCAGAAUAUUUGAAGGUUUGCUUCAGCACCUUCUAUCCCUUAAAUGGUCAGAGCCAGCUCUUGUGGAAAUCCUAGGGCGCUAUAUGGAUGCAUUAGGUCCUUUCAUGAAGUACUAUCCUGAUGCUGUUGGUGGUGUCAUUAACAAACUAUUUGAGCUUCUAACAUCUCUUCCUUGUGUUAUGAAGGACCCCUCAACGAGUGGUGCAAGGAAUGCAAGGUUACAGAUCUGUACUUCGUUCAUACGAAUAGCAAAAUCUGCUGAUAAAAGCAUCUUGCCCCACAUGAAGGGUAUAGCAGAUACUAUGGGUUAUAUGCAAAGGGAGGGCUGUUUGCUUCGCAGUGAACACAAUCUUCUGGGAGAAGCAUUCCUUAUCAUGGCUUCUGCUGCUGGGCUUCAACAACAACAGGAGGUUUUGAACUGGUUACUCGAACCAUUAAGCCAGCAGUGGGUGCAAUUGGAAUGGCAAAACAGUUAUUUAUCCGAACCAUUAGGUGUAGUUCGUUUAUGCUUGGACACAUCAUUAAUGUGGUCAAUUUUUCACACAGUCACGUUAUUUGAAAGGGUGCUUAAAAGGAGUGGGUUCAAGAAGGACAAUUUGAACUCAGAGAACAGCUCUAUGCAGCAUCCUUUGAGUUCUCAUCUAGCUUGGAUGCUGCCUCCUCUCUUAAAACUUCUUCGUGCUUUGCAUGCCCUUUGGUCUCCAUCUAUAUCUCAAACUUUACCAGCAGAGGUAAAAGCUGCCAUGAUGAUAACUGAUGCGGAGAAAUACAGUCUUCUUGGAGAAGGCAACCCCAAAAUAUCGAAGACAUCGCUUACUUUCACUGAUAGUUCUCAAGCCGACACAGAGGCAAAUGAGGUUGAUAUAAGGAAUUGGUUAAAAGGAAUCAGGGACAGUGGUUACAAUGUGUUGGGCAUGGCAACAACAAUUGGGCAUCCAUUUUUCAAGUGCUUCGACGUUGACUCAGUUGCAUUGGCACUCAUGGAGAAUAUACAGUCAGCAGAGUUCAGACAUUUGAGGCAGCUCAUUCAUUCAGUGUUGGCCCAUUUGGUGAAAUCUUGCCCUCCAGAAAUGUGGGAGAUUUGGCUGGAGAAGCUUCUCCAUCCUUUACUCAUCCACCUGCAUCAAGUUCUCAGCUUCUCUUGGUCCAGUCUUUUGCAUGAAGGCAGAGCUAAAGCUCCAGACGUGCAGUGCAUCCUUGCCACAUCAGAUUUGAAAGUGGAAGUAAUGGAGGAGAAGCUGCUCCGAGAUUUAACUCGUGAGAUGUGUACUCUUCUAUCAAUCAUGGCAUCGCCAAGUCUUAAUACAGGGCUCCCGUCUUUAGACCAAUCUGGGCAUAUUAACCGCUUGGUGGAUACUUCUUCUUCUCUAAAGGACUUGGAUUCUUUUCUCUCAAACUCCAUGGUCGCGUACGUAGCAAUAAACAUCCUUAAGUCUUAUGUUUAGUGAUGUCGGUAGGGUUGUGCAUGAUAGGACCGGAUUAAAUGCACUUUCUUUCCAUCUGGUUCGGCAUGUGCGCGCACCCAUACUACUUAAAUAUUUACUCUGGAUUUUUGUGCUCAUACCUCAAGUUCUUUUUUAUUUAUUAAUCAAGUUUGUUCCUUUUGUGCUGCUGUGGUUGUUCUAUCAAUCUCAACUAGAAAUGUCGAGCUACAGAAGUUUGUCUGCAAGGAUCUUUUCUCGGCAGCCAUCAAAGGUUUGACGCUCGAGUCGAAUGCUAUAAUCAGUGCAGAUUUGGUUGGUCUUUGUCGCGAUAUCUUCAUCUAUCUUUGCGACAGGGAUCCUGCUCCUAGACAGGUACUUAUCUGGGAACUUUCUUUUAGAUAUUUCAUAUUUAGGAUCUAAUGAUAGUGCAUCUAGUCUGGCUCUGGCAGUUGGAUGGGAAAUGUGAUGUUUUCCCCGUAUCUGUCCCCAGGUUCUACUCUCUCUUCCAUGCAUCUCACCUCUCGAUUUGGCUGCUUUUGAGGAAGCUUUGACCAAGACGUUGAGUCCAAAGGAACAGAAGCAGCUCAUGAGGAGCUUACUCAUGUUAGCUACUGGGAACAAGUUGAAGGCUCUCGCUGCCCAGAAAACUGUAAAUGUCAUCACAAACGUUACAGCAAGGCCUCGUAGCGCGGUAACUGCUGCAACAGAGGCAAGAAUUGAUGAUGGGGAGCCCGUGGGUCUGGCAGCUAUAAUGUGAAAGGGUUUUGAUAUGGUUCACACGGUGCAGAAUGUACAGCAAAAUCACAGUUCUAACAGGAAAGGAGGAAGUUACUAAUGACAAGACAGAAUACACCAGUGGUAGAGAAGAGAAUUUAGAGAAGGAGAAAGAAAGGGCAAAGCUUUUAUUUUGCCUCCUAAUUAACUACGUCGAGAAUGAUGUUAUGUGGCAGAAAGAGUUACAUGCUGUAUUUGUAUAGCAGGAAAGUUUGGUGUUUUUGAAAGAGAGGUACUUAGGAGAGUAGUAGUUGUGAAUGGUAGGUGGGAAGAAGAGCAGCUGGGGAAAAUAUUGGAAUGGACAGUUGGAACUUGAAACUUGAGUCCACUUUCCCAUCUGCCUUCCUAAGUUUCAAGCAGCUUUUGGUCUAUAAAAGGAUAUGAAGCCGAGUUUCUGUUCCCCUGUAAAGUUUGAGUCUUUUGGCUCUAGGCAGGAACUCUGAUUGUUUGUGACCGCCCGCCGGUGGUUGAUCGUCGUUCAUUUCCUGCUUGACAAGGUUAGAUCGGAAUGGGACCGGGCGGUUGGGCCCCGCCGGGACCGGGUGGACCUGGGCCUGGACCAGGGCCGGGCGGGCUGUUUGGUGGGCUCUGUAAUAUCAUAGGCUGUUGCCUGAAUUUUCUGUGCUGUUGCUGGUUAUUCCAAGACUGCUUCGGUGGUGGUCCACUGGGCCUUCCUUUUCCUGCACCUGGCCCAAUGGGCCCUCCAUUUGCUCCUCCUGGCCCGAUGGGCCCGCCUCCUCCUUGAUCAGCUAUAACUCUGCAUUAGGAACAUUUCAAGAUCGCCAUGUUUUCUUGGCCUCGUGCUGGAAUGUAUUUACCAAAAAUGAAAUAAAGACACUGCUUGUUAUAAUUCUUGAGGUAUCAUAGCGGUAGAUUUCAUUUCAACCUAUCCACAUCAGUGGAUGAGGGCUUCAAGCAACAGUAGUUUUCAAUUUGGGGAUCUAAUGAAUGUCAAGGUGGUUUUAGUCACUACAAACCACUUUAUUUUUUUUUUCACGAAAAAGAUCGCUUGUAUUAUCAAGAAUAACAAAGUUA